AUGGCCAACGCAGGCUAUACCUCGCCCUUCCCGACCUCCCACGACACUAUCGGCCAAUCCACUUUGGCAACUCCCCUUUUCAUGCCCUCGUCACCUCCCCAGGACCCCGUCAGCCCUCCCGAGUCGCCGCUUCCCGCAGAUAGCCCCAUCUACCCCGACGACCAUUCCGAUCGCGAAUCGGUCAACAACGAUGACAACCAUGCCAAGGACACCGCGCUGAACCAGGGACCCGAUGAUUCAAGAUCUCCGAGCCCAUCGCCGUCGGAUUUGGAUGCUCGCCUGGCCGAAUAUACUCUAGAUUUCAGUCAAUUCCCGAGCGGCCAUUUUUCCAGAGACGGCGCCCCGUUGCCGGAAUUGAAGGAAGACGAAGAAGACAAAUUGUCGGAUGUGGGAGGACCAGAAGAUUUCACCGCCAACAUGGAGAAAUAUUUGUUCGAGGAGAGCCUUCCAAGCAUGAAGAAGUACCGCAAGACGGAUGGUCGCGAGGAAUCCGGAUCGAUAUUACAGAACAGCACGGUGCGAUCCAGACAGCCCGUCAUCGAAGACGACGGGGACUCUGCAGAUUAUAGUGAAUUUGGACCGCCGGUUGAUAUGUCAACCCCAUCACAUGUUCUGAACCGCACCAGCACCUUGGCCAAGGACUCCAAUCUCGAAGACAUCGAGGAAGACCCGGCCGACGAUCUGCCUAGCCCAGUAUCACCAUCCCUGCGCAGGAUUUCAAUUACACCGGAGAAGGAAAGCCACGGAGAAGAAGAAGUUGAAGACGUUCAGCACGAUGCGCACGAUUUGCUUCAACGCAUUGAAGACUUGGAAGAGGAGGUUAGGGAUCGCGAUGAUCAGCUGAGCAAAAAUCACAAACGGGUUCUCGAGGCAGCUUCGGCCGGCGAGCAAAUAAGGCAUCUUCAAGACGAGCUUCAACGAAAGAACACUCAUCUGGAAGAGGCCGAAGGGAGAGAAAACGAAGUCGAUGUACUUCGUGAGCAGCUCGAAUCACUCCAGAAACAAAACGAGGAACGCGGGCGACUUCUCGAGCAGUUCCAGGCAAACGCCAGCGAUAAAAAUGCACUCGAGCAAAAAGUUCGCGAUAUGCAACAGCAGUUGGAGACCCGGGAUACACAGAACUCACUGGAUGCUGAGCGGCUAGAGACGAUCGCGCAUUUGCGCGAACAGCUGAAGAUCAGCCAGGAGCAGUUGAAGAAGCGUGAUUUAACCCUGGAAGAAACAAUGGAAAAGCUGAGAGAAACCACCCGAGCAAAGGAGGUGCAGCUCAAUGACAAGAAUACCGAGAUCGACAGGCUCAAGGCCGAACUUGAUGAUCAGGCUUUAGAAAAUGAGCGCUUGGAUGGAGAAUUGGAUCGCGUUAACAGCGACUAUCUCGCCCUCGAAGAUCGAUUUACUACUCUUGAAGCCCAGAGCCAACCUCUGGAAGAUCUCGAGGAGAGAAACCUUUCUCUCGAGGCCGAUCUCACUCGUGUUCAGUCUCAAGUCGAGGCCCAAGAAAACGCCCUCAAAGCUGUUGCGGCAGAUUUGCCUGGUGGCCACAGUACCGGUGGUCAUAGUACGUAUAGCGAAAUCCUUGACCUGAUCAAAGAUAUUGGGCACACAAGCCUUGACUCGGGUCCUCGGUCACCACUAAAGGAUAAAUUCCCCGAGGAGGAUGACGAUCUAUUGGAGCUACGACACGAGAUUGAGAAGCUCCGACAAGAAGCCCAUGACGCCACUGCUGGCCAAAAAGCUGCAGAUAUCGAGGUCAACCGCCUGCGUCAACAGACCGCCGAAUCACAAGCCCUGAUCAAGACCAUUGAAACCGAGAACUCUCGACUUACCCUCCGCGUUAACGAUCUGAGCGCCAAUCUCAACAAAACACAGCACGAGCUGACUCGCACCCAAGAAGAACAUGCCGAAUCCCUCGAAACUGUCGCCCGCCUUCAUGAAGAAGCACUCGGCCAACCACCCAGCCCUCCCCUCUCUCCACCAACCCCACGAGCCAUCCCCAACACAGAGCAGCCAGACCCUGCAGCCACAGCAGCCCUGGAAGCCUCCCACCAGGCCCAAAUCAGAAGCCUCCAAACCGCCCACUCCACAUCUGUAUCCACCCUCCGCUCAUCACAUGCCGAAUCAAUGCGCAAGGUCCGGGAUAUACUCAGCGCAGCCGAGAAACGCGAAUCCGACCUCCGCACCGAACUGACAACACUGCGCAGCAAAACGGCCACACAAGAGUCCAAAUUGCGCAAGUCAUUCAAACAAGAGGUCCGUCGCCUUGAAGCCGUCAUUGCUGCGAAAGAUGAAACCUCCGCCGCGGUGGACCAGCGCAUCGCACUUUCCGUCGACAAACGUGAGCAAGAAUGGGAGCGUCGAGUCGAUCUACUCCUCGAGGAGCGAGACCGUAUGGCCAAGGCACUCAUGAUGUACUGGGGCGAGAAGGAGAUGGGCCGUGGACCAGGAGUCUUUGCAGAUGGUAAAGAGAACCGUGGCGAGUCGACGACGGAUUCCAAACAAGGGCAAGCAUAUCGGUAUAAGUAUGCGCCGAAACACAAGUCUAGGAGCGGAGAGAGAAAGGCAUAA